AGCCAACGGUGCGGGCAGAGCUGAUGGAGCAGGUGCCUCACAUUGCCAUGUUCUGCCAGGAGAACAGACCCUCCAUCCCUUAUGCUUUCUCCAAAUACUUACUGCCCAUCGUGGUGCGAUACCUCGCCGACCAGAACAACCAGGUCAGGAAGACAAGCCAGGCAGCACUGCUGGUGCUGCUGGAGCAAGAACUCAUAGAGAGAUAUGAUGUGGAGACCAAAGUGUGCCCUGUCCUCAUCGACCUGACGGCUCCCGACAGCAACGACGACGUGAAGACAGAAGCUGUGGCUAUCAUGUGCAAAAUGGCCUCCAUGGUGGGAAAGGACAUCACAGAACGACUGGUGCUGCCCAGGUUCUGUGAGAUGUGCUGUGACUGCAGGAUGUUCCACGUCCGCAAGGUAUGCGCAGCCAAUUUUGGAGAUAUCUGCAGUGUGGUUGGCCAGCAAGCCACUGAAGAAAUGCUGCUGCCAAGGUUCUUCCAGCUCUGCUCCGACAACGUGUGGGGGGUUCGGAAGGCCUGUGCUGAGUGCUUCAUGGCAGUGUCCUGUGCCACCUCCCAGGAAGUCAGGAGGACAAAGCUGUCCACCCUUUUUAUUAAUUUGAUCAGUGAUCCAUCACGAUGGGUCCGCCAAGCUGCUUUUCAGUCCCUGGGGCCUUUCAUAUCAACCUUUGCUAAUCCAUCCAGCAGUGGCCAGUACUUCAAAGAAGAAGAUGGUAAAAACCCAGAAGAUGGUGGUUCUGCACAGGAAAACAGCAGCUUUGCAAAGGAACAAGUCAGGACUGCAGAAGAUGUUACGACAGAGGAUGAGCACAGCAGGACAGAGGAUUUGUCUCCACACGUUGAUUUUGCAACAAAACUUGAAAAUACCAUUGAAGAUGAAAAUACAGUGUCAAAUAACUCCCUGAGGGAAAGUGGUUUCCAGACUGAGUCACCCUUCCAUUGCACUUUGUCUUCAGAAUCCCAUGGGGAGAUGGCUGAUGAGCAGGAGAGAGGUUCUCCUUGCCACACAGCAGGUCUGAGGGAGCCUGGCCUGAGCUCCCAGGAGACUUCUCUUUCAGAGCAGGAAUUGUACAACUCUUUCCAUUUCUGGAGGACUCCACUUCCUGAAAUAGAUAUUGACUUGGAGCUUCAGCAGGCUUCUGAGAUAGUACUGGACAGAGAGAUUCAGGAACUCACCAUGCCAGCAUCUUCAAACAUUCCUAUGGCAACAAGGAAAGAAUUGGAGGAAAUGAUAGAAAAUUUGGAACCCCACAUAGAUGAUCCUGAUGUUAAAGCACAAGUGGAGGUGUUAUCUGCUGCACUUCGAGCAUCCACUCUGGAUCCCCCAGAAGAAACCACAGCCAGCCUGGGCAAGGGGACAACAGACUCUCAGACUGAACUCACCAGCAGCAACCAGCAGAGCUUCCAGCCUAUACUGGGUGACAUUGUGCCUUUAAUUGGUGACACUGUUGAG